GUAGGAAAGUGUCAGGUUGCAGUCAGCGAUGGCGUAACCAUUGGGCACUAUGUUUGCAGGAAGUUCCGAUGCACAGAACCGCUCGAGUCUAACGCCGAUCACUUCUGCAAAAACGACCAACACCUUGCUGGUAUAUGCGCAGUCGCAGACUGCGACAGCGCGAUCUCGCCGACUUCCUCGUCAAGCCAUACCUGUAGCAAUAUCGAGCAUCAGGAACUGGAGAUCAAGUCCCGAGAUCGAGGCAGAAGCAUGUUUACGCUCAAA